AUGUGGAAGAAAGUCACCUACUUCUUGGAUGGCUUGAGGCUCGAUGACUGUGCUUUACAGUUGUCUCAUAAUGGCAGUUAUCUGGACUUGGAGUCCACCUUGGCCGAGCAGAGAGAUGAACUUGAUGGAUUUCAGGAGGAUGGAGGGAGAGGAAAGAAGCACAGUAUACUCCUGAGAACACAGCUGUCUGUCAGAGUCCAUGCCUGCAUAGAAAAGCUCUACAAUUCGACCGGACGGGAGCUGCGAAGAGCACUGUUCUCUCUCAAGCAAAUCUUUCAGGAUGAUAAAGAUCUGGUGCAUGAGUUUGUGAUGGCUGAAGGACUCACAUGUCUUAUUAAAGUGGGAGCUGAGGCUGACCAAAACUACCAGAACUACAUCCUUAGAGCUCUUGGACAAAUCAUGCUGUAUGUGGAUGGAAUGAAUGGGCUUAUCGGACACAAUGAAACUGUACAGUGGCUUUACACACUAGUUGGAUCAAAGUUCCGGUUGGUUGUUAAAACUGCUCUGAAGCUGCUGCUGGUUUUUGUGGAAUACACUGAGUCCAAUGCACCUCUACUCAUCCAGGCUGUCAACACCGUGGACACCAAGCAAGGCUGUAAGCCCUGGUCCAAUGCCAUGGAAAUCCUAGAUGAGAAAGAUGGAAUGGACACUGAGCUGUUGGUUUAUGCCAUGACCCUUAUUAACAAGACAUUGGCUGUGCUUCCUGACCAGGACACGUUCUAUGAUGUGGUUGACAGUCUGGAGGAGCAGGGCAUGGAGGCCGUGGCCAAGAAACACGUCAACAGGAAGGGCACAGAUUUGGACCUAGUGGAACAGUUCAAUAUCUACGAGUCAGCCCUUCGUCAUGAAGAUGGUGAUGAUGAGACACAGCCUCCUCCAUCCGGACACAAAAGUCGGCGUCGGGCCAGCGUAGGGGCCACUCCUGAGAGGCGGGGUUUGGAACGUCGCCGCAGCCGAAGACACUCGCUCCAAAAUGGGAAAGGCCACACUUCUGCUCCUUCUUCCCCCUGCCACAGCCACAUGCCCAACAUCCUGCCCCUCAAUGGCCAGAGGAUAGACGAUAUCAGUGAAAGAGAUGAGGAAGAGGAGGAGACGAAUGAGGAGCUUCAGAAAACAGAGCUCUCUAGACAGGCAUCCGAAAGUCUGUCAGAUGUUAGAUACUCAAACACAUCAUGUGGUUCAUGUGGCAGCAAUGGCUAUGCAGGUACGUAUCCUGGCAGGUCAUCUGGGGUGUCCAGUGCCCCCUCCACACCCUACAACCGCUUCGGCCCCUCAGGAGGAACACCUGCAGACAGUAAGCCCGACAGGUCUACUCUAGGUGGAUUGUUAACCUCCUCCUACAGGCAGCACCAGGAGUCUCUAAAUGCUGAACGUGAGCGGAGGCGCCUGGAGAGAGAGGAGAGACUUCAGCGCAUUGAAAGAGAGGAGAGAAACCGUUUCAAUCGGGAUUAUGAGGACAAGAGAGAAGAGGUCAGACAAGCUCGAGAAGAAAGAUAUAAGCAAUUGGAGCGGCUGGCAGCAGAGGAAAACAAAAGGGAACAACCAAGAUCGACAACACGGGGGCGAACAGAAAUCACCCUCAGCCUGAGUUCACGAACCUCCAGCAGCUCAUUGUCUCGUUCUGCCACCCCUUUGACUGCAGAGGCUCAAGAGGAUAAACGCUCGGUUCCACAUCCAACACGAGGAACUGAGUCUGAGGCAAGCCGUCCGGUGCAGGCUGCAGUUGUGUGGCCUCCCUCAGAGCCUCCCUCUGUCUCAGUGUCUGCGCCGGUCUCACCCUCCAAACCAGAGGAGGAGCAGAAACCAGUGGAAAUGUCAGACAUCACGCUCUCUCUGUCUCCAACAAACUCUGAGCUAGAGAGACCUGAGACAGAGGAGAAAGCGGAGGAUGCUGACGCCGAAGAGUGUGAGGAAAUGGUGUUGAGUGGAAUGGAAGAUGAAAAGAAAGAAAAGCCAGAAGGAAAAUUUGAGGAAGAUACUAAUGGAAUGGGUACAGAGGAGUGUGUGAGAGAGCAGAUGUUAGAGAGGGAUGUAGAGGAGAGUGCCAUCCUGAGUGAGAAGGAAAGGCAGAAUGAGGAGCUAAAUGAGAAAGAUAACUGCUCUGCCUCCAGCAUCUCCUCAGCCAGCAGCACUCUGGAGAGAGAAGAACGAGAGGAGAAACACGUCAGUGACAGUGACUCAGGCAAGUGGGGAGACUGUAUGAAUACAGUGGAUGUGAAGGAUCAGUGUAACAAAGUUCUUAACAGCAAACGCUUCAUGCUGGACAUGCUUUAUGCUCAAAACAAGAAGGGAGAGGAAGAUGAGAAAGAAAAGGAGAAUGAGAAUGAGAAAGGGUGUUCAAGUCAGGACUCCUCUGUGACCAGCCUCACUAGUCGCAUCUCCACUCUGGAGGUGCGUCGGCAAGCUUGCGAGGACAACAUGAAGAAAUUGGAAGUGGAUAACCAGGGUAGCGUACGGGCUGUGGCCGAGAAAUUUGGAGAUUUGGUUAAAGGACUGGUAUCGCCUCAUGAGGUGGAGCAUUCUGGGAAGGAAAAGCAGCAAUCACAGGAAAAACCUCUGCCGGCUCCUUCACCAACACCCCCUAAAAAGGAGUCAGACCACAUAUGGGACCAGCUGAUGGCCACGCCACGGGAGCUACGCAUCAAAGAGCUGGACUUCACGGACUUGGGAGAGGAGGAUGAUGUGGACAUUUUGGAUGUCGGUAACGUGAUCGGGUCAAGUGACCUCACGCCACCUCCUCCCCCGCCUCCCUUCUUGCCCAGCCUUCCGCCCCCGCCACCUUUAUUUGGAUGCCCUCCACCUCCCCCUAUCCCUGGCAUGAUGAUGCCCCCUCCACCACCUUUUUUGGCUUCAGUACCUCCCCUACAUCUCAGAUCUCCUCAACUUAGUCGAGGACAACCCCCGCUUUUCCAGAAGAAGAAGAAGACCAUCCGGUUGUUUUGGAAUGAGGUCAGACCUAUAGACUGGCAGUACAGCAAUCACAAGAGAUGCAGGGAGUCACUGUGGUUCAAACUUGAUCCAGUCAAACUGGACACAGCCAAGUUGGAAAACCUCUUUGAGACGAAGUCCAAGGAGCUGCCAGUUACAAAGAAAACAGCAACAGAUGGGAAGCGUCAGGAGAUCAUCGUUCUGGAUUCCAAAAGAAGUAACGCCAUCAACAUUGGCCUGACGGUCUUGCCGCCUCCUCGCACAAUCAAAACAGCCAUCCUCAACUUUGAUGAGUAUGCCUUGAGCAAAGAGGGCAUAGAGAAAAUCCUAACAAUGAUUCCUACGGAGGAGGAGACGCAGAAGAUUCAGGAGGCCCAGCUGGCGAACCCUGACACUCCGCUAGGCAGCGCAGAGCAGUUCCUCCUCAUUCUGUCCUCCAUCAGCGAGCUGUCCGCCCGCUUGCAGCUUUGGGCCUUUAAGAUGGACUAUGACGCUUUAGAGAAGGAAGUAGCAGAGCCACUACAGGACCUGAAGGAGGGCAUGGACCAAUUAGAAAAGAAUAAGACCCUGUGCUACAUCCUUUCAACUCUGCUAGCUAUUGGCAACUUUCUCAAUGGAACCAAUGCUAAAGGCUUUGAGCUGAGUUACCUAGAGAAAGUUCCUGAGGUGAAGGACACCGUUCACAAACAGUCUCUACUGCAUCAUGUCUGCUCCCUCGUCGUGGAGAAGUCUCCAGAGAGUUCAGACCUCUACUCUGAGAUUGGAGCCAUUACACGCUCAGCUAAGGUUGACUUCGACCAGCUGCAAGAAAACCUAUGUCAGAUGGAACGCCGCUGCAAAGCAUCCUGGGACCACCUGAAGGUCAUUGCCAAACACGAAAUGAGACCAGCCCUCAAGCAGCGCAUGUCGGACUUCCUUAAAGACUGUGCCGAAAGAAUUAUCAUCCUUAAAAUUGUGCAUCGCCGCAUCAUAAACAGGUUUCACUCAUUCCUGCUGUUCCUGGGCCACCCACCAUACUCGAUACGAGAGGUGAGCAUCCACCGCUUCAGUAAGAUUCUGAGUGAAUUUGCACUUGAGUACCGCACCACCAGAGAGCGAGUGCUACAGCAGAAACAGAAACGAGCCAAUCACCGCGAGAGGAACAAGACACGGGGCAAAAUGAUCACAGAGAGUGGGAAGUUUGCAGGAACUCCUCUGGAGGGUCAGGAGUGUCAGCCGCAGGGUCUGGGCUACACGGAGAACGCAGCUGAACAUGAGCAGAUGACUGCUGUACUUCGUACCAGCCUGCAGAGCGGCGAUAGUCCAUCCUCUGUACUCCCCGGCCUCCGCACACGCACUCGAGCCACUCGAGGCCAUACGGCACUUUUGUCUGCUGCAAAUGAAGACACUUCUAAUUGCACAAAUGAUACAGCGGAUGAGAUCAUGGAACGGAUUGUGAAAUCAGCCACUCAGGUCCCCAGUCAGCGCACACAGCCCCGCGAGAGGAGACGCUCCAGAGCCAACCGCAAAUCCUUAAGAAGAACACUGAAGAAUGGUCUUACGCCAGAGGAGGCGCAGGCGCUGGGAUUGGCCAGCAGCUCUGAGAUGCAAGUGUGAGACAGCAGCCGCUCAGAGUCUCGGCCCACACAUAUAAACACAAAUGAGCUGGACCAGGUCACUGUAACUUGAGUUUGCUUGAAUCUGGAGCAGGUGCAUGUUUCUGGGUUUGUGUUUUAAAACGGUUAUUGCCGUGGACAAUUUGUAUUCUCACAGGUGAAAGGGAUUAUAAUCACUAACCCAUUAUACUCUACUUAUCCUGGAACGUGUAGUCAGACCUUACAACAUUUACUAGCUUAUGCAUUUUGUCCCAAGAGGAUCAUUGAAACUACUCAGGUGCAUGUUCACUGUUCCUGCAGACUGUUGAUGAUAUCCCAAACAUCCGUCUUAUUGCAUUUUUGAAAGAGAACAAGCACAAUGUCCUGAUGCACAACAUUUAUAGACGCGCGCACGCACAUGCACAUGCACACACACACACACAGAGAGAGAGAGAGAGAGCCUGUAGAAUGCUGAUUGUCCAGUUCUCCAGUACAGAGACCAAUGUCCUUCUCUUACCGCUGUGGCCUUCGGAAUGAUCCUAAAGAACUGUGUUUAAAGAUGACUGGAUGCCCUCCCACUAUUUUUGUUUGUACUGGCUGUUUUGUUGAAUUAAGAAGGUAUUGAAUAGUAGCACCUUUAGCAUUCCUAUCUCAUGUAAAUCAGCAGCGAUUCUUCUCUGGUUUCUCUGGUGAAGCAGGGCUUCUUAUGUUAGGGAGAAAUAAAAUCUUAAAAGCUUUUCUUUAAUUUCUGCUGUACCCUGAAGUCUCCUUUUGUGAUCAAAACCUGUUUAGCUUGGAUAAAGAUGAUCAAAUUACUUUGCACACAGAUGAGAACAAACUAGAAAGUCUUCUUUCUCUUUUUCCCUCCAGCUGUCAUUUCCUCAUACAUAAUCUCUAUAGUAAUACAUUCAUUUCAUAACUUGCAAAAUUAGACAAUUGUCUAUUUAAAUGAAAGAACUUCUAUCCAUAUUUUUUUUGUUUUGUUUUUUUAAAUGAUGGCAUUAUCAAAUGAGUGCCUUGAAGAAAUGUGUUUUUGUGAGAAUCUGAUUAUUUAGUCAGGAAAGGAAGGAAGGAAGAGAGAAACAUUCAGAUUUUAGGGCAUUUCAAAGGAUAUAGUUGACCCAAAAAUGUACAAUUUUGUCAUUAUUUCCUCUACAUUAUUCUAAACCCAUCUGGAUAAUUUGGAUAUAAAUUGGAUAUUUUGAUCAAGUUGUGAGUUAAAAGUUAACUUUCUAGUGAUCAGUGAAUAAAAACUUAAUGUGUCAUGUGACUUCAAAUUAUAGCCCACAAAUCAUAUGGACUACUGUUUUUGGUGCUUUUUCUUAAAGGGGUCAUAUGAUGCUAUUUUGAAGAUCAUUAUUUUGUGUAUUUGGUGUA